AUUAUAUUACUCUGAACUGCAAUGCGCUCUGCCUUUCAUAUUUCGUUGCGCAGUGCUGCUUAGAAGUGCGUCCAGUGGUCGAAGCAUGGUCGAAAUAUACUCUCUGGAUCGAAGCGCGGUCGAAAUAUGGGUUCGCUUGUCAGGAAGAAAAUUGGUAACAAGUCUUUUCUUGCAACAAUCUUUGCGUUGCUGCCAACUACUGAACACUAAACUAAAAAUAAUAAUUCAUAAUAAAUUAAUUUUUUAUGACACUUUCAUAUAAAAUACACGCUAAUGAGGUUAAAAUACACAUUAUUUGCAUUAGGUUGGUUUUAAUUAAACAUUUUAAAAUGUAUGAGGACGUAGCUAAUGAACAGUUGUUGGCUUUACUGUAUGUUGUGAUUAAAAUGGCGUCAGUCAAUGGCGUCUUUUGUUAGCUUAUUUGCGUUUAGCGUGUAUUUGCUGUUUAUGUGACUGUUGUGAAGUGUUUUGCGUAUUUUAAAUAUCACAUUAUCCAACGUUUUUAAAUGAAAUUCUCACUAAUAGGAGAAACUUUGUUCUGUUGUGAAUUCAACACGCGCGGGCACUGUCCCUUUAAGUAACGAAUCAGCAUAAUAUUUCUUAUUAUUUUGAAUAUGCACGCAAUUAAUUAUGUAGGAUAUGUGUGUUUUAUGUAUAUGCGAGUCUUUGUUGUAUGUGAGUGUUAGACAAAUAGUCACAGUGACAUCUUUUCGAAAUGAAGAACCAUGACAGAUUCAGUGCAGAAUAGUGGUAACCGACCCUGUCGGGUACGCAAAAGUCUGUGUUCUGAAUUUGUCAAGUGUAGUGUAUCAACAUCGUCGUCAGGAGAAAAGUUAAACCUAUCGAAAUUUUCUGAAGGACAAAGAGUUACACGCAGUUCUAAAAGAUGUCCUUUGACGUUUGGAUCCGGUACUGGGAAGGCGAGUGCUGUGGUAUCUGGUAAUUAUGCAUGUAAUAGGAAAUCAUUGCAAGGUGCUAUUACGCGAAGAAGACAUGCAGAGUUGUUUAGUAACCGUGUUGGGAGGAAAGCAGGAUCAUUGGACAAUGCCAGCAGCACAAGUGAUUAUGGAACACUUUCAGAAGAUUCAAGAAACUGUUCUUAUGGGAUUGAUAUUUCGCCAAUAAAUUCAGAAAGAAGCCGUGAUAUUGAAUCUUUAAGUGGCAUUGAGAGUUUGAUAUUAGUGAGUGAUGAAGAUGAUGCUGGUGGUGUUGAUAGUGCUGCGAAAAUUAUUGACUUGUCAACGUGCGGAUGGGAGUCUGAUUCAAGUGAUGUGUGUGGCAAAGAUGAUUGGGAUAGUUUAGCUGAACAAGAAUAUUUUAAACAUUUGAGAGAAAGUACAGAAGUAACAUUGAUCCGUGAGAAUCAAGUUACAGCUAUCAUACCCGUUUUAAAUAGAAGUGGAUAUAAAGGAAACUUUGGUAUUCACUUACUGGAGAAUGACAGAAAUGUUUAUAGGAAUGGCUUGUGCUGCAGUAUGCGAGUGCAUCAUGUUAGUCCUGUGGUGUCCAUGGAACCUCAUGGCAUUAAGUUCUAUGAAUCAUUUCCUGCCAUGCUGGUAAUUCCUCUGAACAUUGAACCUCAGGAUGAGGCAUGGUUAUCAUGUCUAUACAGCAAUACUUCUGGUGGUGAAGUACCUGUGUGGGAAAGGCUUCCUAAAACUGCAUAUUCUUACAGAAAUGGCUGUCUAGUCAUUACAGCUCAGCACUUCAGCCUCUUUACCGUAAUAUUGGAAGAGCCUUACCCUGAGGUAUUGAAACAUAUAAGGUGUCGAUCUGGUGGUCGCAUUUGGUUGAAUGAGGUACCGGGAGUGAAGGUGGAGUUUCCACGUGGCUGUUUGGAACAAGACAUUGAUGCAUAUGUGAGAGUUCUUUAUGAUAGUGAACCUUCUUUUCGACGAGAAUCUUCCCGGAGGCAUGAUAGAAGUGCCCUUGCAUCACCUGUCAUUAUGUUGGGACCUCAUGGAUACAAGUUCAACAAUGCAAGGCCACCGGUGCUGAUAACACUACCCAUUCCAGAUUAUGACCAAAUUAUGAGAAGGUUUCCUGGUGUGCAGUUAAGUGUGUGGCAAAGUUCUACUCAGGAGGGUGAACCCAUGAUGUGGGAACAGUUGAAUGUUGAGAUUUCACCUGCCGUGCCUUAUACACAUGGCGGUUGUCAAUUAUAUCUUGUUUCAUUUCCUGUACACCACUUUAGUUUUUUUAAAAUCGUAUGGGACUUGCUUUCAACUUCACUGUAUGAAGCAAAAAUGGGCAUGUCAUACUUUUAUCCAUACAUUUCUUUCUCCAUGAUGUGUCAAGCUUUUAUGGAAGAGAAUUCAGGGAAUAAUCGUUUUGGUUUGGAGGUUAUUUGUUACCGCUCUGAUCGACGGUUACCUGAAGCAACUAAUUAUAGGCAUCGUGUUGGUGCUAGUUUGAAACCUAAAAUGGUGAGGCCUGGAAGAAUUGUUAUACGUUUGAGAUCUCAAAUGUUUGAGGCUGAUGUUGAAGCUGGGGAAGAUGAGGAUAUGAGCAAAGAAGAGCCAGACUUUAGAGGAAGAGACUUCGAAAAACAAUAUGCCUGCAGGUUCAAGCCUGAUGUUAAUGUGGAUCGUGGUACAUUUGGAAAAGUUAUUGUGGAACGGAUAGUUACUGGAAGUAAAGAUCCUCUUUUUGAAUUUAAUCUUCAUAAGACUGGUUUGGAAACUGAGGCAUCUCUACCAAUGGGUCAUGAGCGAUGGACUGUUUUGGCAAUGAAGGAAUUGGCUUCCUCUCUCCAAAUCACAGAUGGAAACAACUGGAAAAAAUUCGCUCAAUAUAUUGGUUUCACAAAAAGUGAAAUUAAAAGUAAACUACAGUAUUCUCCUGACCCAUUUGUGGCUAUGAUGAACUUGUAUAACAGUCGAGGAGGAACUCCAGAAGAAUUCACUCAAGCUUUAUAUGCUGUGAGUAGAGAUCUACGACUUGGCCGAGGCAACGCAUCUGGAUCCAACAGUGAUCGCAGUCGAAGCAGCCGGUCAGGAGGCUCUGCUUCAGACAGCAAAGCUUCUUCUUCCCAAGGAUCUGGUGGCAACAGUAGAUCUUUGUUGUGGGGAUUUCGGCCUUGGGGAAGAGCCAACAAUGAGGAAAACGAGAAUGAUUCUGAAUCUGGUGAUGAUUCUGUUCGAACGCAAGACAAGGAUAGAAAACGAUCAUGGCCCAGUUCAAAGAAAGCAUCUGGUGGAAGUUCAGCAAAAAGGCGCAAAUAUUCUGACAUUUCUGAAACUGUUACAUCAAGCAGUGAUGAAUCUGAUGGUGAUCAUAAUAAAUCUGUUUUCUACGGAAACAUAAGUAUGAGAAAUCAAAAAAAACUCAGUGAUAGAGAUUUGUGGAAAAUCUCAGCGAAAAUUGCAUCAAAGGAUUGGCGAAAUCUUGGACGAACAUUAGGAAUUGAGGAACAAGUUCUACAGAAUUUGAAUCAUGCACAUCAAUCCAUUGGAUUCCGUGAGUGUACAUAUCAGAUGCUUUUGGAAUGGAAGGGCCGAAAACCUCGUAAAUGUACAUUUGGAGAACUGUACACAGGUCUUACUAAUGAAGGUAUGGUUUCUGUUGCAAAGCAUCUUGUUAAGCUCAUGGGUCAGGUUGAUGAUGGACAAGAUGGCGAUUCCUCAUGAAUGUUUAUUUUGGGUUUUGUUUUUAAGUGCCAAGUGUAUAAUUUAAUGUUGAUAUCAAUUUUAUAAAUAUUGUACAAAAUGUGUUGUGAAGAAGUAUGGAAUAUAUCAAUGUGAGUUUGUUUUAUUGUAUAUUGAUGCAGUUGAAACACAUGAUAACUUGGAUCUUUCAAAUUUCAAUUUUAUUUUAUUCAGAGUAAGAAAAUCAGAAGUGAAGAAUGUGUAUUUAUAAGCAAAGUUUGUUAAGCAUAUAAAAAUACAACUUUUUCCUUUCUUUCUCCUUUAGUAAUGCCAGCUCUCUAGAAACAAAUAGUUUAUUUGUUUUAAACAUUUUGAUCUUUACAUUUUUUAAAAUACAACUCCCAAAAAUUGUUAAAUUAAGUCACAUUUCUAAUUUUACUUAAAAAUAGUUUUUAAGUAAACUCUCCCCCCCCCCCC